ACGCGAGGAAGUGAAGGCGACUCAAUUGGGUAUAAAGCAUCAGCCAACAUCUGCCCCGAGCAGUGCAAAGCUGAUGAAAACAUCAGCUCGGAGCUCAUACAGGACCUCUCCGAUUUAUUUUAUUUCCCUUGGAUUUAUCAUUUGGCAUUACCGAGUCGGUGCACCCAAGGAGACGCAUCUCUUUUCUGCACUUUAUGUGAAUGUGACUCCACAACCAUCACUAUACUGGAAUUAACUGAUAUCCACAGGGAUUUUGGCGCACCUGUUACCUCCACGGAGCGCAAAAUCAUGAUCCCUCCGGGAGACUGCAUGUAUGCGGGCAGAAAGAGGAGGAAGCCCGUGCAGAAACAGAAGCCGUCCUCUGCCAAUGAGAAAACCAACCCGUCCAAGCGGCACAGAGACAGGCUGAAUGCUGAGUUGGACCGGCUGGCCAGCCUGCUGCCGUUCCCCCCGGAUGUCAUCUCCAAGCUGGACAAGCUGUCCGUGCUGCGGCUCGCAGUUUCCUACCUCCGCGUCAAGAGUUUCUUCCAAGCAAGUCACGAGAAGCCCUCCAGGAAGCACAGUAUCAGCACACCAUCCUCUAACCCUGAACCCAGGAAAGAGAGCCUUCCAAUGGGCACCACCGUCAAUGAAAGCAGCCUCCUCCUGGAAUCUCUUACAGGCUUUGCCCUGGUGGUGAGCAGUGAUGGGAUGGUCUUUUAUGCCUCUUCAACCAUAGUGGACUAUCUGGGAUUUCAUCAGACUGACGUGAUGCACCAGAAUGUGUUUGACUACAUUCACAUAGACGACCGCCAGGAGUUCAGACGCCAGCUGCACUGGGCCAUGUGUCCUCCACAGGCGACAUCGGCACACCAGGACAACCAGCUACCUGCAGGGACUGGUGAGGACUUUGUAGUGAGCAGCCUGUUCCAUUCUCCGGAGGCGGGAGGAAUUCCUCCUGAGCUCUCCUGCUUUCUCAACAGAUGUUUCAUUGCCAGAAUCCGAUGCCUCUUGGACAGCACCUCUGGAUUCUUGACUAUUCAGUUUCAGGGCCGGCUGAAGUUCCUCCACGGUCAGAAAAAGAAGUCAGCUUCCGGGGCUCCGCUGCCUCCCCAGCUGGCUCUGUUCUGCAUAGGUGUCCCCCUCCUGCUGCCCUCCAUCACUGAGAUGAAAAUGAAGAACAUGUUAAUGCGGGGAAAGAACAAAGGAGGAGGUGGAGGGAUUAUCUCUGCACUGGAGCAUGGUGAGCGAGGGGAACAUCUCCGGAGGCACUCCUUCAGUGGGGGAAUGGGUGACAUUGCAGACCCUCUCCUCCUCUCCUGUCCCACUCCUGGCGCCAACCAACGGGGUCAUCACACUCCCUGGACCCCGCUCUCCAAAGACAACCUCAAAUAUCGCCCUGAGGGUUACUACAACCAGGAGGAGCCCCUCAACUACUGCAAGUCCACCAUGGCUUCCCAUAAAGGAGUGAGUCCAGGCCUGGGCGGCAGCUGGCCUCUGCGGCCGAACUCAGGCCCCCUGAGAGCAGGCCAAGGUGUCGGCUACGUCACCUCCAACCGCAUGAACAAGGCCGGCCAGUACGGGAAGCCGUACCGCCUUUCCCCAGGCUGCCACAGUGGCAGAGGCGGCGAGGUGUUUGUCUCUAAGCUCUACGGGAAUGUCCAGAUCCCCACAGACCCUGAUGCGUACUGCGUGGACCUGGUGAAGAACGAGAACGGAUAUGGAGAGUGCUACGACGGCCACCUGAUGCCCGAGAUGCCACCAAUUAAGGUAGAGCACGACUCGGACUCUGAGAACGGCUGCGAUGCCUACGGGCGACCCUGGGUUUGCCGUGACCCAGAGGCCAUCGAGCGGCGCUAUGCUAACGGGGUAUACGACCAGAGCUCAAGCCUCCAUCUCAAAUCAGAGGCAGAUUAUUACGACCCGCAGUACUCGCCAUGUCAGCGAGGGAAAGCAGGAAUCAGCCCGCCAUACAACAACGGCAACUAUCAGAACUAUGCAGUCAACAGCGGGAACACGACCGGACGUCUGUUAAAAUGUGACAAAGACUUGGCCAAUAACAACGACAACAGCCAGUUUAGUCCUCAGAGACUCUCUCACUCAGACUCUCUAUGCAGCAACCAAUCAGUCAACCUCAUGGACUCACACGUCUACCCACAGGACCCUCACAAGGCCUACAUGCACCCGGACUACAACAAGCAUGGCACUUACGAGUUCAAAGGUCACGGGCUGGUCCAUUCGAUCAAGCAGGAGCCCAUGGACUCCCCACCGUGGUCUGAGAGCGCUCACGACAUAAGCCAGUCCAUGAUGGUUGGUCCAAGGAACGUUAUGCCCUGUGUGAUGAGCACAGGGCACCACAAGUCCAGUCCCUACAUUUAUAUGCCAUAAGAGUGAUCGGUGCAAACACAUCAGCAGAUAAUUACACACACACACACACACACACACACACACACACACACACACACACACACACACACACACUUAAACAGUCAGUGUGCAUAAAAGUACUUUGCAUCACGCUGCAUGCACCAGCAUUACAAAAGGAUUCCCAGGAUGUCAACACUGACUUCUUGCGUUUGACGAAGAGGUCACAAACAAGGCUCAGGUUCUAGCGUUAGUGUCGUGACAAUCAAAAGUAAAUACUUUGAAUCCAGUUUAUGAAUAGAUGUUUUUUUUUUUGUUUGUUUUUAAGGAAUACAUUUUGUAGUUGGUUCCUAGCACUUUUGGAUUUAGUGACAACGAGACAAAUGAUGUCUAGAAAAACACCAUUUCAUUUUGUUUUAUGUGUUGUGUACACCUGGCUUUUUGUGGGAGAACAAAGAUUUUGCUGUAAAAAGAGACUUUUUUGUUUUUUAAACUUUGUAAACAGGAGAUGAGUUACACCCACUGCUGGGCUUAUCAAAAGAGAUGGCUGAUUAUGAGAGCACACUUAAAAGUCAGUGAUAACUUUACAGAUCAUCUGCCUUGAUGGUAGUUUUGCAUGUUUUAGUGCUUUAACUAUAAAUACAUAUUACUUAACUCCCUCAAGUGAUGUAUGAAUGAAAUCUACUGGUGUCUAUGCAUUUUAAAUUUAACUCACAAAGAGCUGAAUCUUAAUCAGUUGUAAAAAAUGUUUUGGAAAGCAGUUUUUCAAUGCAUAACCAAAUUCAUAUUAUCUUUCUCACAACUAGGGAUGGGCAUUUUAAGUAACUUCUACUCAAAUUCUUGCAUUAAAUCACCAUCGAGAGCUCGCAAAGAAACAAACGGUAGAAUAGGAAUGUGAUUGGCCGACAAUAAAAGUGCAAAUUGAAAUUCAUUUAUUGAACAACGAGGCCUUAAUUGUCCUCUUAAACCAUAAAUUGAAACUUAACAUGAAUGAGAAAAGUUAGCCACCUUUCUAUCGCCUCAGUAAACAUUACAUAGGUUGGACGCAGUGCUAAAGGACUGCCUCCAGAGUUACUCUCCCCUUGGUCAGUUUAACUUCUGCCCAGUAGUCACAAACUAACACAGUAGCAGUGGCUAACAUCUAACGCCAAGCCAUUUAACAAAUUCAAAUUACAACUAAAACAUAACUGAACCGCGGUGGUGGAACUCCCGCCAAAACCCCCAUCCAACGAAUCACGAGCCACGCCCCUGAACAAGAGCACACUAC